AUGAAGAGCGGCAUAGACCAACUGCGCGAAGAGAAGUACAGGUUUACAAUAGAAACGCAAGGCCUUGCAUACACAACUAAGCAUCAUCGCUUGCCUAACCAGGACGAAGAUGCGGACUGGUCCGGAGGCGACAGCGACCAGGAAGUCGUCCCGACGAAGAAUGACUCGCCGUUGGCACAUCAUAUGGCGACGGAGCUUAUACGGGUGCUUCGGGAGGGAGAAUCUCGGGGGUGCACUGAUGACGCGCUGGAGCGGCUCCUGGCAGGACCCCUGCAGUCGGGUUCCAACAUUGCUGACUACGAUGUCGCCAAGGACUACAUAAAGCAGGGCCGCGUCCUAAGCUCGAUAGAAACUUCCAGUUCCGGCUCGCCACCAGAGCCCGGGCCGGGGCAAGACCCGCCGUUGCCGAACCCCAUGCAAACUGAAGAAGCACAGGCAACCGUCAUGGCGCUUAUGGCGCCGCCGUGGACAGCGGCAAUUCGACAAGGCUCGACAGCCGGUGCCGGUAGCACCACCACGUCUACAGGGCGAGGCGCAGAUGAUGAUGAUGUUGAGCGCCCGCGGCCACGACCCCACCACGGCCGCAUCAAGGAGCAAAUGGACCUGCUGCAGAACGCCGACCAGCUGGCCGCCAUCAUAUCCGUCGCGACCACAGCGGCCACCACAGCUGCUGCGGCAGCGGUAAAGCAAACAAUGCUGCCACCUCCAGGACUCCUGCCGCCAGGAGCAUAUGCCCGCAUGCACGCAGCAGGGCGGUCCAUGUAUGGUCUGCCUGUUGAGCUUGCGGGCGGAGCACGGCUCCCUCAGUCUUUGCUGCAUCAGCGGCCAGGGACUGAUUCAGCAGCUCAGGCUCCUGCAGCUGACUGCGGUAAUGAAAGCCCAGAUCCCCAGCCGCAGGAGCGCCAGGGCGCCUUGGUGUCGCCUCACCGCCGUUUUACGCCAAUGGUCAUUGCGCGGCGUGCGGUGGUGAACGCUAGAGAUGCGGUGGCUGUUCAGGCGUCGGCGGCGUACCCCGACGAAAAUGAGCAUCGAGGUGGAGAUGGGCCUGGAGGUUGGGGAGGGCUUGGGCAGGCCAGCAGAGAAGCGCAGAUGAGACGGCAGCGCCUGCGUUGGUCGCAGCGACUGGGUGUGCCACUGGGCCAGUCGCCCGUUGGUGCGCCGGAGUUAGGAGGAGGAACUGCCAGUCCCAGCGAUGCCUUAAGCGGCAACGCCAGCGGCACGCCAGGCAGCAACCUGCGUGUGGUGCGGCUGGGUGCGCCGCGAGUCACAGCCAGGACGCCUAGGCCCAUCAGGCCGGAAUCCUUAGAAGAGCUGCAGUCACAUGCCCCGCAAGACCAGGUAACAACCCUUGCCUCUACAGGGGGCAUUGAGGCAGGACAGGACAGAGCAGGAAGAGCUAAGCCCUCCAGGGACGAAGAGGGCGCGCUGGCCGGCGGUAGCGGCAAGGGCGCGGUCGGCGGAGAGCUUUCGGGCAGACCAACACGUGUGGAUGCAGCUGUUGGUAGCGAAACCCAGACGAUUGCAUCUCUGGGUUCUGCCAUGGAAGCCCCCCCAGUGCUACCUGCCAUCGCUCAUGCGGAGCAACCUGACUGGCUUGAUUCACAACCCAUAAACGGAAGUAAUGGCAUUGCCACAAGUCGACAGCCUUCUCCCGCAAGGAAUGGUCCCAGCGUGGUAGGAGAUGUGCAUACAAAUGGCUAUUUCGUCACCGGUGGAGAGUCCGUCUUUGCACGAGCUCAUACCGCUGUGGGGUUGGGAGCUCUAGGGCCGCAGGCUGGCGGUGCAGAGGCGACCUCGAAGGCUUGGGAAUUGGGGCCGCCUCAACCGCGUCGGUCUGCGCUGCCUGCGGACGUAAGGGAUGCUUUUCGCUCAACGCUCGCUUUCAUAGGCGACCCAGAUGGCGCACGCGCACAGCAGCACAAGCCACCCUCAUGGGCAGCGCUGGCGGACGUAGAAGAACGAAAGGAAGCUCAAAGGGAGGCGGAGGAGUUGUUGGGCGGUGCGUUCGAUUAUGCUGCCGUCAAGCGCGAGCUGGAGCAGGCAAGGCGGGCAUCGCGGCUCAUGGUGCAAGCAGGGGGACCUGCAAGCCCGUCGGCCUGCCUGGGUGCAGCAGCACACACGAUGCCUUCGAUGCACGCUGCUGGCGGCCGCCCGCGUCCUGUCUCUGGAACAGUAGCUACGACUGGGUUGGCGUUGGCAAAAGCGGCUCCACAACCCCGCGGGGAUUUCACAGGAUUGCUGCCACCACCGUACUCCGUCUGGGACGUUGAUGAAGCUUGGUUCGAUUUGGGCGAGUUCACGAAGGCCGUCGAGGCAGAGGUUGCAUACAGGGCUGCUGCACCCGCGGCGGCCCUUUCACAGCGUGGAUCGCCUGGAGCUAAGCAGGCGGGAUCCAGUGCGGCCAUCACCACAGCUGCGGUGGGGCAGACGGCGCGAGCGGGGCGGACUUUAACGGGACGACAGGCUAUCUCAACCGGCACCGCCACAGCCCCCGGGCCUGACGUGGUCCAGGAACAGACAGAUGCGACAGCGCGGACUGGGGCCCGCCAGCGUGCGCUCAGCCCUGGACCGCGAGCGCCGCGCCCAUUACUGACGGCGGCUGCGGCGGAAACGUCGUCGUCACCCCCUAGAGCUUUGCGUAAAACACAGGCAUCUGGGUCUGUACGCAUAGCAUUCGGGCGCCGUGUGGAUGAAGCGCCUAAGGCGGUCGAAGCCGGAUCUUCAAGAGCUCGUUCGAGCAGCCCGCCGACAGCCCGGGCUUCGCCCAGCCGGGCUCGCACGCGCACGCGCAAGACCUCGGGCAGGACUGCAGCGGCGGCGGACGCGCCCCCGCCAUCUCCCAAUUCAUCUAGCACUGGUGAUGCCAUGCAUCAAGUUCUGAGCGCCCUGGCCUCCGUGUUACUGUCCGAUGGUGAUGAAGCUGAUGACGAUGUCCGCGCUGACCAAGGCGAUGGGAAAGGCGUCCCUGUGGACAGAGCAGGCAGCCUUCUUCCCACCCCGGUAGACCAGGCACCCGGCCGCGAGGCAGCGGUGCAAACCGGACUAGCGGACCCGCAACCAGUCUCACUUCAUGCAAUCGAGCCAGAGCACAAGGGCCUGCUACAGCAGCAGCCGCUGGUCGAGUCCAGCUCUACCCUGUUAAGCGAAGCUCCUGAGCAACUCGCCACACAACCCAACGGCAUUCAGAAUAUUCGUGGUACUGUUUUCGCAACUGCAGCACCUAGCACAUUGGGAGCGGCAAGCAGCAACACUGCUGCUGUGGCGCAGCAGCCGUGGCCGCAACCAGGCGCUCUUGCCUGGCCUAACACAACAGCUACAUCCCGUCCUCGCUUCCAGUACGUCGUCGACACCGCACAUCCGCCCAUCACUCGUUUGCCCGCAUGGGCUGCCUCUGCAGCAUCUGCAGAGGGUGCACCCUCAGCAUACAUGGCGGCCUUGGGAGCUGCACCAACCGGCCUGGGUUUCAGUACGCCAAUCAAACGGCAACCGCCAGGCCCCGCCGCGGCGGCAAUGGCUCUCCCCUUGGUGGCUCAUCAGCCUGCCCAUGUGCUUGGCAUGUCCGCAAAUCCCUCUGAGACACGUGUACUGCAGCAGACUGGUGGUGACGGGGCGAUCAUCGCAGCAACAAAAGGCCCGAAUGGCCUUAGUUGGCAGCCUCUGGAACAACAGCAACGUCAGCAGCAGCAGCAACUUUCCCCGCAGCCUCAGCAGCAGCUAACGUUCCCUGCGCCAGGGGACGUCCCAAGCAACACGCGUUUACUGCCUCCGCAGGCCGCGGGCGCAGCAUUAGCUGCCGCGGCAGCUGCGGCCAGCGCGCCGGCCACGGGUCGGCGCGCGCCUGAUCCCGGCCAGCAAUGGGAAGCUGACAUGCUGCAGGUGGUGGAAGACGAGGUGGUGAAGCGCCUGGCCAUGGCACAGCUAUCCGCACAAGACCACCGUGCUCCAGAGAUCAGCCUGAAAGACCUUUCAGGCAUGGUGCCGCCACUGGUGGACUUGGACCUUUCUCGCCGUCUGGUGUGUGACGUGCUCCGGGACAACCUGCGCAGCCUUUUGGCCAGCCCAUGGCAGCAGAGCGCCUCUGCGGCUACAGAAACUGCAGGCGUCCCGACGCUGGAGGAGGUGGUAGCGGCGCUUGCGACAAUGCCGGUGCUGCCGGAGCGGCAGCAGCAGCAGGAGCCGGCAUCCCAGCAUGGGGCGGACGCUCCGGCUGCAGCUGCCGUUAGUCACCUUGGUAUGGCCGCUGACGCACCCUAUAAUGAUACGCGGGAUGGUGAGAGAUCCGCGGUGCACGCGGCAGUCACCGAUGUCGGCGACACGGGUGGUGAUGUUUCGCCAGUCCUUGGCCUUGAUGCAUCGUUUGGGGACUUCGUAACUGGGACGCAAAGCGCUACGACGGCCGCCAUCGAAGGCCUCAGCGGAAGCUACCUUGGCCGAACAACUCAACCUGAGGGUGCUGGUGGUAUGGGCGGACAGGAUGCUGCCAGCCCUGGCGCGGCGGCUGCGGUUGGCACCACGCAGGCGUGGCAACCUGUCUACGCUGCCAAGCGUGCACAGCAGUCAUCGCAGACAGUGCAAGCAGCACCGAAUGCUGUAGCUGCCGCUGUCCAAACCGACGGCGAGGACCCGGGAGUCCGCAUGCUCCAUGCCGACGCAUCAACGGGGAUGUCCGCAAUCGAUCUUGCACCAGCGACACACAGCCAGGCGACUUGGCAGUACAGCGCGCCCGUCUCUUUCCCAACUUCUGCUAUCCCGGCAGGCCUGUCAUCAGAACUCAUGCCAAGCUCGCUCAGCAACCCGCUGGGGUUCCCAGGAGCCUCCUUGCCGUCAAUCCCCACGCCAGGCGCCAUGGGGGCGGGGAAAGCUGGUUUGGGGGGUCGAGACCCUCUGCCGGGUGCACCGCUAGCGGCACCGGCGCCAGAUCAAGGUUUCGUUAAAGAGACCAGCGUAUCUCUGGCGUCGUCAGGCGGCGCAGUGCAGCAAAGUCCGAGCCGUUCGCAGGGCGUCCAGGCUCAUGGUGUGCAGGCACGCGGCGUGCAAGCGCAUGGCGCGGAGGCCCGUGCUGUGCAGGCCCACGGGGUCGUGGAGGCACGGGGUAUCCAGGCGCACGGCAUGGCGGCCCGGGCCAUCCAGGCUGCCGGGGUACAGGAGCGAGCUACUCAAGCUGCCGGGGUCAUGGAUAGGUCGUCGCAGGCGGAUCCACCGCCGCCCCAUUACCUUCUUCAGGCUGCGAUGAUGGCAGGUUUGCCCAACGGCACUGUCCCGCCGUUGCCCCGCGCUUAUGGGACCAUAAGUGUGGAGGGUGGACAGCCGAUCCUGGCGCCGGAUGGUUCUCCCCUCGCCAUGCCCCGGCCUUUCUACCUGGUUCCAGCCGACAAUUCGCAGCUGUCAUCCGUCCUUGCCCUGCAUGGCGGUGCAUCCGAGUUCACCUUUCCGCUGCUUGCGCGUGGAGAGGGCAGCCGCCCGUUGCUCAACAUUCCGGGGCUCUCUAAGCUGCGGGAUUCGUCUGACGUGGAGUCGAGCACGGACAGCAUGGAACGUCGUUUACAGGCGCCUGCAGCACGCGCGCGGGCUGCGGCGCUAGAAGCCCUACGCAUGGCUUCCCGUGGCAGCCUCGACAGCGACGACGGCAUACUUCAGCGCAGCUACGCGCAGCUUGAGCUGGCGGCCCUGACGGCCAGGCCGGUGCGGCUGGAUCAGCAUAGAACCUCCUCAGAGCAGCCACAGCGGUCACAUCCAGCAGCAGCUGAGCAGCGGUCGAGCUCUCUGGAGCCAACAGAUCGCGUGGGAAGCGCUGGAAUGGGCAUCAAUGCCUCGGGCAGUACGAGGAGUGGCUCGUCUGCACGUAGCGAUGUCAGCCACGCGGGUGUUCUUAAUGGCGGUAAGAUACCCAUGGACAGCAGCCUGGUCAGUUCGGGGUCCUGGCGCCGUGGAAAUGGCCCCGUCAGCAAUCAAUUGGAAGCUCGUAACGGUGGCGACGCUGGCACUGGGCCACCGAGGUAUCUGACACAAAGCGCUGGGCCGUCGUCACGUGUGAGCACCGAUGAGCCACGCGACAGCUCCUCUGGUGCUGGCUCAGAAGGCCAUGGAAUUGAGCUUCUAGAGGAGUCCACUAACACCGCCGGUGUCGACGCUGCGGAGCGAUCACCAGCUGGUACCUCGCUGCCUGGCAGCAUCACAGGCAGCGGCAAGCACGGGGCAAAAGAAAGCCUGGGCGCUGCAUCCCGUGUUAGCAGUUUUGCAUUGAGUGAAGACCUAAUCGCACCGUCUUCGGGUACCGCUGGUGACGGCGCUCCACAUGAUUCGAGGAAAGGGUCAGCAGUGCCAAGCGGUGAGGCAUCGGCCCAUUCUGUGGAGCAUUACUCGGUGGCCAGUGUGCAUACCCCGGCCGUCAUGCACAAUGCGAGGCCGGGCCUGGCGUCAGCCACUGCAGGCACCGCGUACCAGACUCCUGCGGUCGGUGAUGACGAGCUCGUUGGAGAUCACGACUUUGCGGACGAAGAUCCCGUCCAGAUUCGCAGUGUGCACGUCGAGUCCUCGGACGACCGGGCGGGCAUGAAAGCUGACAGAAGUGAUAGCUUCGGUGGUGUACAGGUCGCCCCUCCCGUUACCGCCGAGGCUGCAGCUCCGACCGCCAGCGCCCCUGCCUUGAGGGAAACAUCCCAACGCCCAGGCAACAGUGUAAGCAGUGAUGCCGCAGAACAGGAGCACAGCCCAGUUGCAAGCUGGACGCCCCAGAGCGACGAGCAUGCUCCUGCUGCUGAAGAGUACAGUGGAGGUGACACUGGGGAAGCAGGGGACUUUGCACUCUCUGACGAUGAGUUGUUAGACGAGGUCGAGGUUGCACGCGUGUUGGAAGAAGAGGAUGCGAGAGAGGCGGCGGGUGAUGACCUGGAGGACGAGGAGGAUGAGGAGCUGCAAAACAUGGAAGGCCAGGUGGCUAUGUUGGCGGAAUCCAGCCUUGAGGACAACGCCGGUGUCAGCAUCAGCCCGUCCGCCCACGGAAUGCAGGCCAACGAACCCACCGCGCCAGAACCACAGGAGGACGCGUCAAAGGCUGGACAGUUUGGCGAGGAAGGUCUGGUGCAUGCGGGAUCCAACAUCAGGGAUAACAGUGGUAUCAGUGAGGCCGGGUCCGGAGUCCGGCAAGCGCCACAUAGUGCCCCAUUCUCGCCCAGCACCGGUACCCCAGCCAGUGAAAUUGGCAGUGGAACGGAUCACGCCGCCGCUGCAGGAGGGCGUGUGUCAGACAGGUUGCCUGACUUGGGAAGCAUGAGUGCUGGCAGCUCCCAGCGUAUCGGUGCUGACUCCAGAGGUAGCAAGGCCGCCACACCAGUCGUGCCUUCCCAGGCAUCAGGGGGUUCAGCUCAUGGCUCGUCCGGUUCUGAACUCGCUUCUGUGCAGUUGCAUCACUCAGAAAACCACUUGGACAUUGAAAACCAGCCGGGUGUGGGCGCUGGCACUGACAUCGACAGGGAUGAGAUCGCGCUGCGCACCUCGAUGGAGCGCCUUGCCCUGUCUGGCUUGGCGCCUUUGGGCCGCCAGCAGGCCGGGAGCACUGGCGGGAGUUCAGGUCUGACCCGGGCGACAGUGGCGCCCGUGUCGCUGGCGCCACAGCAGCAGCCGUCCGGUCCGGGAAGGACCCGACCGGCCUUGGCGCCGCUGCAGCCGUCAGCCACGUCAGCGGCUGAGGGUGGUGGAGCACUUCAACCGCCGGAUUCACCGGGAAAGCCGCCAUCCCUGGCAAACUACCAGGGCCCUACCCGGCAGCUUUGGCGGCCUGCCUCGGCUCAGCAGCCCCAGGAUCCGCUUUUGAGCAGCUCCGAAACCCUUAUAGCUUCCACAUCCAGCGGGCCCAACCUUAACCCCCGGUCCCGUAACCCCCUGGAGGCACAGUGCCGCACCCGCAUGGGGGCCCCAGUUAGCGGCCUUGCGACAAUGGCUAGGCGUAUGCAGGGCCUGGGGCUGGCCGAUUCCAUCGAGUCGUCGUUGGAUGUUUCAACUAGCGUAGACAGCGUGCCUGCCGCCUCCACGUCUCUUGCCGGCUUUUCGCUGCCACGUCAGCUGAUCCGCGCGCCUGCCGCCAUGGCGGCGGAGGCAAAGGCGCCGUUAUCGUAUUACGAUCAAGAGGCAGGGGGUUCACCUGGCAUCGAGUCUGGUUCAGGGUCAGAAGAUGACGGGCUGGCUCCUGGCGGCUUACAGCAGGCAACGGCGACAAUGAUGGGGAAUACGGGUGGGAGCCUCUCAGGACGGGAGAACAGCCGCCGUGAUGGCGCGUUGUUCCGAUUGCGGCAGUACGGCGCUCGCCGCCGCAAGCUUCUGCAACAGAUUGGAGUCAAGGACCCGCUGUUGAUGUCGAAUGCCACCAGUCUAUCAACCGACAGCUCAACCAUCAGCGACAGCGAGGAUGGGGAUGGAGGUCCACCCCUUCCGCGUGGAAGUCUUCCCGCUGCAAUGCGGCGAAUGUGAAGCUCCUAUGCACUGCCACAUGCUUUGGUCCAUCGGUGGCGCGAUCCUAUUGUGGCCCCACGGACUGGGCUGCUACGUGCACAAGGAAAUCAAGCCUCGCAUGCCUUAAUGGCCAUUAACUUAUGCCCAGGAUAGGACCAUGGGUGAACGUUGUGGUGACUGGUGCAUUGUUGCAUCUGGUUGCAGGCCCAGUUAUUGACGUGGAUUUAGUUCGUUGGAAUCGUACUGGGCUAGGGUGUGGAUAGAAGUUCUCUCCAACAGAGUGCUCCAGCUCCGGCGGUAUUCCUGGUAAAUAUGCUUUUCACGGACUAAGUUCGCUGUUUGUCUUCAGCUCAGCUACUUGGCCUUCGACCUGUCGGGGUGACAGCAUAGGUGCGUUGGAUGGCGACUGAGGAGUUUUGAAGGGCAACUCCAUUGAAACCUACUUAUGUCGUUCCAUGCAGUUCAAGGACAGGUGCUUCCCUUGCACUGAACCUGUGCACGUUGCCCCGUUGAAGGUUCUACCCGAGAGC